GUAAUAUUAUUAAAAAUAAUAAUAUAAUAAUAUAUUAAAAUGAUAUAUUUAAAAAAAUAGCAUUGUUACACAUAAGAAAAACUCUCAUCACUAGUCUUCUCUCCGAAAUCGAUCGUCUCACAUUAUGAAAAAACAGAAAUGAGAAAUAGGAAAAAUAUUAAGUAUGAAUAUGUAUCAAUUUCAAGCCCAAAACUAUAAAUCCUGAACAACACUUCAUUAUAUGUUGUAUAUAACAGCAUGAAGCAAGUCUUCGUCAAAAACAUUGAACUUUUGUAACAAAUCAAUUACAUGCACAUGAUGUUGUAUUCUAUCAAACGCUGCGAUGUGAUUAGAAUGAAUGUAUAUUGCGCGUAUUACGCGCGAAUUCGACAUUUUUAAAUAUUUUAUUAUAUAUGUAUUCAUAUCUUUAUUGUUGAUAAUGCAUAUACAUUCGCUUAUAUUUAUGUACAGUACAUCUUCUUUAUCGCGUGACACGCAGAAUCAUUAAAUCAAUUGUAUUUCUUAAUACAACUCGCAUAUACAUACAUAUUUCUCUCUUUCUUUCAUGUCUGAUUAUAUUGUCUGAAUAUAUGACCACAGAAUGCUGGUUGAUUCGUUUUCUGUGACGAGUCAGACGUGAGCGCGCGAUCGCGGGUACCAAUUUAUCGACUCCUUUCGUCGAGCUUUCUACGUUACCAGGAAGGUGCGCAGCAGACGACGGGCUAUUAUGCAAUGCGAUCGAUUCAACGGAAAAGCACGUAUCGGCGGAUGACGUAUAUCAAGGACAGAUAAGAAUGGACUGACUGAUUUCGUCAUCAUCAUCUUCGUCAGCAUGUGUUCCGUCAACGUCAGGGAACUCCGCCGCAGCUGCCGUUAGUCGACCGCAUCACGUUGUAAUAAAAGCCACGCGAGAUCUCCAGAUGCAACGAUCCGACAUAUCCGGUGACGCACACGCACGCAGCACAAAUUCGAACGUAGCUCUAGCGCGUUUUUCAAGAAACGACUCCAUAUUCUUACGUUUGUUCUUAGUGACGUUGCGAAAGGUAACUGUCUCGUGUCGAUUCUACAGACUGAACACCGAAAAUGCGUAUCAUAUUCGUAAAAUUUCGCGAGAUCUCGCAGAAAUACCCAAUCGUUCGAGGCAUGGCGUCUUAUUCAAUUAUAUGGCCAACUGCUUGCCUGCUGCAACAGAAGAUAAUGGGAAAGGAAGAAUUUAAUUAUGCAGAAGCUAUACGAUAUAGUCUGUACGGUAGUCUUUAUGUAGCGCCUACACUGUAUUGUUGGUUGAAAUGCGCGUCUUACUUCUGGCCUAAAACAAAUUUAAAGUCUGCAAUUACAAAGGCUUUGGUUGAGCAAGUUACAUAUAGUCCUGCAGCCAUGUGUUCCUUUUUCUUUGGCAUGAGCCUUCUUGAAUUAAAGCCAGUUUCGGAAUGCAUCGACGAGGUCAAAAUUAAAUUCUGGCCAACAUACAAGGUUGCCAUUUGCGUAUGGCCAAUUCUACAAACUGUCAAUUUUCUAAUCCCGGAACGUAAUCGCGUUGUGUAUGUCAGUGUAUGUAGUUUAAUCUGGACAUGUUUCCUUGCAUACAUGAAAACUUACGAAAGCAAACAGAAACAGAAGGAGAUUAUAGACAUAAACGUGAAUCCCAAGAUGAUAUUAGAAAGUAAAGCACAAACUACGCACAACGAGAGAUCCAGUCAUAUGCAGAUUCCUUUACUACGAUGAAAGUUUUAGGAAAUUGACGCCAUUAGAUUAAUUUACUUGUAUAUAGUCUAGGUCUUUUGCAAUUGGAAGUUAUAUUUAUAUUUUAUACUGUAUAACGCGUUUCACACAUAUGACAUCUGUGAUAUUCACAGUACAAAAAUAUUCACAGUACAAAAAUAUUACUCGCUUCUUCGCAAGUACGUGUUAAUACAUGGUAAUGUAUUAAUAAUAUUUAAAAGAGAAUUGUAAGAAUUUUUAAAUGAAAAUAUAAUAUGAUUGACAAUAAAUAUAUUUGGCAUACCGAUUGUUAAUAGUAAUAUUAAAAAUACAGUAUGAAAUUUUAGAUGAACUUAAGUAAAUAUCAAAAUUAUCUAAAUGUAAAUUAUCUUUUUUUUUUAAAUCUUUUUAUGAUUUCUUCCUUUACCAAAUAUUAAAGUAACAGAAAUCCUACAUUAUCAACAAUAUGUAACAGGAAUGAUAAAAUUGGUAGUAGAGAUUCAAACUCUAAUCAGCACAGAUGAUAACUAUAAAAAUGCAAUUUUAAAUAAAAUUAAAUAGAGCAAAUUAUAAAUAUAUAUGUAUUUAAGAAAUAUAUUUAAGGAACAAUAAUAAAUUAAUAUAAUUAUUUAAAAUUUUAACAGUCAUGCGUGGUUAUGCGACUUCCAUAAGAUCGUCGGUCUUUAAGUUUUAUUGGUGCUGAUUUAUGUUAUGUAUCUCAUUUUAUAUUUAAAACUAUAUUAUAAGAAAAAUGUAAAUAAAUAUU